GACUUUUGAUUGGCUGGUAAAUGGGACUAAGGGCAUCAUCUUGGCGCUCACCUGUUGAUGGCACAGUGGCUAUACGGUAACUAUAAGCAGAGCAGCCUGCUGCAUCUUUACCGAUACACUACAGCCACCGUGUGGUCACACCGGGAACUGUUACACGCGUCAAUGGCACAUAUUUUCAAGGCAUGCAAGUUGAUGAAAGUGAUUUGAGAAGCAGAGGAAGCUCCGAUGCGCCUCGUGAGGUGUUUUUUCUCGCGCAUACCUCGUGGAUUUUUCAUGGCGGAUGCCAGCUGGUAUCACAGCAUCAGAGCUGGAGCGCACGGAAAGUUCAAGCCAAAGUCUAUGUGUGUGAGUGUGUGUGUAUUUGUGUGUGUGUGUGUGUGUGUGUGUGUGUGUGCAGUCUGUCUGUCUGUCUAAUACAGUGACCCCCCAGCAAGCAGUUUAAAGGGAAGACAAGAGAGCUGAGUCAACGAAUCGCAAGGAGAAGGAUGCAACAGUUGAUGUGCGCGACUUGCACCGUGCACACUUCUCUUGGAUUUGGAGACACACACGGAGGAUGGUGGCUUUGAUCUGAUCUAUGUGGAGGAAGGAUCUGAUGUUUUUACCGAUUUAAAAAUCUGUCAGAUAAACCGAAAAUUAAGACAGCCCGUGUAAAAAAAAAAAAAAAAAAAAAAAAAAAAAAGAAAAGCAGUGGGUGUUUUAGUUGUAGGCUGUCCGCUUGCGCGUCUCACCAAAAUGGACAAUCGGACAGAAAUGCAUUUGGAGGGACUUCAUGCUCUGCUGGAAUGGAGUUGAAGUGCGGAUUUCGGAUGGUCUGCGGCGGUGAGUAGCAGUGCAGUCUGCACCAACAUGCAUCGGAUUCUGCAGAGGAGGCGAGUGCGCAAGCUGCGGGUCGUCUGGGCUUCUCUGGCUCUGGUGGCUCUGUCUCUGGCCGCAUGCAGCGCGCUGUUCACGGCGUGGACUUGGCGACAGACGCGCGACCUGUCGCAGUCCUUUAAGAUCCUGCAGGACCGACUGGAGCAGGUCAAUACACAGAGGAAGGCCAUUGUUCAGCUCAUUCUGGAGAAGAGAGAGCUGCUGGUGGGCCAGAGAGUGAAGAGAGAUGGGGGGACGUCGCGAGGGAGGAAUGGAAACGGAAAGAAAGCGGCGUCUCAUUUUGAGAUAACCAAAGUCUCCUCUCAGCAAGUGGGAGAAGGUGGUGUGAUAAAGGGCUGGGAAGAGAGGAUGUUGAAUAUGACCAAAGCGGUGAGGUACAACAAGGAGCAAGGUACCUUUACUGUGGAGAAGGCAGGCGUCUACUUCCUGUUCUGCCAGGUGUUGUUCAAUGAGCAGGAGUCUCAGUAUGUGAAGCUGGACGUUGUGACCAGCGACCAGAGGCCGCAGAGGCUGCAGUGCUUGGAGGGUUACGGGACGACUCCCUCCGCAGGGCCGCACCCCUUCCACUUCCUGAAGCCCUGCCAAGUGUCCGGACUCCUGCGACUGGACAAAGGCACGGAGCUGCACGCCAUCACAGGCCCGUCCUUCAGACUGCACAGUGUGGGCAAUCCCUCAGCCUCGCCUCACGUCUUCAGCAUCUUUAAAGUCAACUGAACCUUGGCGCUGAUCUGAUCUGGGAUGGAAACUUUUUAAAAGUACAUUAACUCAUCCGAAUGCAACAAAAUUCACUUGUUUUUUGUAUGGAUGAGAUUUUUUUUCUACACGGUAUAACAGUCAUAAGCAGUGGGGGCAUCACAUCCUGCUACCGCCUCUUCCCAAAGACGUUAAUUUGAAAGACAAACCUGACAUUUGUGGAAGUUGUUGUGGAAUCUUUCUCUGGAAAGCGGUGCUGUUUUGGAACGCAGAAACACAGACUUUGGAUUAAAACCAAGACUUGAAGUGGACGAAAUGCCUCUAAGAAUGUCUGCCGAGAGAACAGAUGUGAUGGAAGCUGUCCUGUAGAUAAAGGGCUUCGUAUAAAAGAAAAAAAAUACUUGGAUGUUCCUCUUAGCCUUGGUUUCAUGUAAUAAAUUGUGCUUACACUCUCUUUAUAAGACUGUCUAUAAAGCUGUGCAUGCACCUUCCACUUUUAUAUCACCAGUGCCUCAAGAAGCUGAGAGCACAUCAGCGAGCAAACAGAUAAACAGCCUAAAUGAGUUGUCAUUGAUAUUUUUUAUACUGUACCGUCUAUGUGAGUGUGUGUGCGUGAAGUAACAUUUAAGUAAGCAUCUUCUUUAAAUACCGUGUAUCUACUUCACACAUAUUUUAUUAGGAGCUGGCAUACAACGGGGAACAUUUAAGAUUUUUAAAUAACAUGGAAGUGAAUUUUUACUCUUUUCUAAAGGUCAAAAUUGAUCAUAAGAUAUUUUUAUGAAUGAGGCCUCAUUUGUAGUCUGCUUGGCUUUACUUGUGAAAAGUAGGUGGCAAGUUAUAGGAAAGCAUGGAGCUUUGAAUAUAGCCUCUUCUCUCUUUUCUGCUUUUGUCAUUUUUGUUGCGGUGACACAUUAACACUCAAAUCUUUUUUGUAAAUCAUCACAUAAUUGUGUUUGAGGCCCUCAUACAGUACAUCCAAAGUGUUGCUAUUAAGAAGUUGCUAUUAAAUAUUACACACGUUUUGUACUAUAAAGGA